CCCGACUGGCUGAGGCUGGUGAUCGCAGGGAGCGGCAGCGGCAAAAAGCCCCCACAAGACGGAUGAAUUAGAAACCCACCGCCAGCCACCCCUCUUUUCUUUUCUUUCCUUUCUACAGAGGAGAGUCGGGCUGUAAACACUGCUGCUCAUCUUGAAAGUGUGAAGCGAAUACAAGGCUUCCAGCGUGCAAAUUCACCAUGGGGAUCAAGGCUGCCCUCCCCAGAUAUGAGCUGUAUCUCUACAGAGCCGUCCUCGUCGGGGCCUUGAUAUGGGCAGGCAGUUGGAUAUUCGAAGCUUCAAGUGAAAAUAUAAACAGAAAGUCCUUCAAAGAAAGUGUAAAACCAGGAUGGCAUUAUUUUGGCAGGAAAAUGGAUGUCUCGGACUUCGAGUGGGCGAUGUGGUUCACUACAUUCCGCAAUCACAUCCUUUUUGCUCUCACCGGUCAUGUUAUCUUUGCCAAGAUAUUCACCGUGAUAGCUCCAAAGAUUGGUAUAGAUGGAUGUAAGCACAGAUCCUUGAUCUUUGGCUUGUACGGUGGUUUGGCAGUGCUGGUGACGAUGGGCUGGACCUUCAUGGCUCUGGUUCUGUCUCACUGCAUCAUCAUCUACAGUGUCGCCAUGGUCAAGAGCAAGUGGUUGAGCAUUGCUGCUGGCCUGGCCACACUGGCCUCCAUCAAGCUGGAGCCUUAUAAUGCCUGGCAGGAAGCCUUGGUGACUGGCUCCUUUGACCUGCAAGACAUCCUGUUCUAUGGAGGCUGCGGCUUCAGCAUCAUGCGUUGUAUGAGCUUUGCUUUAGAGAACUGUGAGAAGAAGGAUGGAAACUACACUUUCUGUGACCUGCUGAAAUACAACUUCUACCUCCCCUUCUUCUUCUUUGGACCCGUCAUGACCUUUGACAGGUAUCAUGUCCAGGCGAAUAACACCCAGCUGACCCGUAAGGAGAGAGAGAUGUGGAACAUCACCACAAAGGCUCUGCUGCAUCUGGGAGUGAUUCUGGCGGUGGACGUCUUCUUCCACUACCUCUACAUCCUGACAAUCCCCACUGACAUGAAACUGGUCACCAAGCUGUCUGACUGGUGUCUGGCUGGUCUGGCUUACUCUAACCUGGUGUAUGACUGGGUGAAAGCAGCCAUGAUGUUCGGUGUCAUCAACACCGUGUCAACUCUGGACCACCUGGACCCUCCUCAGCCCCCCAAGUGUAUCACCAUGCUCUAUGUCUUCGCUGAAACGCACUUUGACAGAGGCAUCAAUGACUGGCUGUGCAAGUAUGUUUAUGACUACAUUGGUGGGGAUCACGAUAGAAUCUUCAAGGAGCUCUUGGCAACAAUCUGCACCUUCACCGUCACCACCCUGUGGCUGGGCCCCUGUGAGAUCGUUUAUAUCUGGUCCUUCUUUAACUGCUUCGGCCUCAACUUUGAGCUGUGGGUCGCCAAGUUCUUCUCCCUCCCUCCAUUUUCCACCAUAGAGGGUGUUAUGGGUGAAGCCAUGUCACGCAGGAUCAGAGGAGUGUUCAACGCCGCCAAUUUCUGGGCCAUCGUCCUCUACAACGUCCUCUCUCUGAACAGCUUGGAGUUCGCCAAACUGGUGGGAAGACGACUGAUUUUCAAAGGUUUCCCUCUGUCCACCCUCUCCGUGUUGUUUGUGACCUACUGUGGCGUGCAGCUGGUGAAGGAGAGGGAGAGACAACAAGCCCUGCUGGAGGAGCCCGAGCCGGGGAAGCCAGAAGAAGGAGUCAAAGAGAAAGCCGAGUAAACAGAGAGAGAAAAAGCUGACAUUCACAGACUUCACCCCUCACACUGCUCCGUCCUCGGCCUUGCGAACCGCACUGUUAAAUCGGACUGAAACAUCCAGCCAUCAUGUACACUGUUCACAAGCCUGUUUUUGCUUUUGUUUGUCAGAAGCAAGGCGAUGUUUUGAACUGUGAAAAUAAUCCUCAAGUGCACUUGCUGUAGAUAAUCGCCAUGUCCUUUGGCACAAACCCACCAACUGUGCAUUUUGUAUUGAACUAAAGAUUGUUUGACAAAGAGAGGCCUACCAAAUAUUUAUGAGGCUAAAAGAGAAGUCAAGUUAUGCAGUAAUGUUUAAGGAACAGCUGCUUUGCUGAUGGUUGUUUCCUGAGAUCAUCUUCUUUUAUUUUUUAAAUCAUAGUCUGGUUGACAUGAUAUUUCCUCCGUCAGAUGUCUUAAUUUUGCAUACAUAUUACAUUACAGUUAACAUGUUUAACAAUUCUGGAGGGUUUAAAACUUGAACACAUGAGUGCUAUGAAGAAUAUUAAAGUUUGGUGCUGUUACUGUAUAUUUUCUCUUCUGUCACUCAGCAAAUAUGAGUCAAAUCCAGAGGAAUCUAUUUUCAAGAUGAUAAGAAUGUACUGGAUUUCUAAUGAUUGUAAAAGACUGAAUGUAGUUCAACCAACCAGACAGCUUUACAGUAUGAAAGAUUUACUGUGAUUGUGGCAUUUUGACAUAUUAUCCUCCACUCUUUAUAGCUGGAUCCAGGCCCUCAGUGGUCGUGAAAAGCAAUCGGCCCAGCAGGGAAUGAACCAGGUCAGUCUCCUCCAGCCUGUCACUAAAACCUGCUGUUUAUCCUCAAAGCAGAAGGCAGAGAGGAAGUGAAUAGAGAGAGUCAUGUAUUUUGUCACAGGAGGGUUAAUUAAUCAUUUCACUUGACAUCAAGUUUUUUCAUCAUUUAUUGUACAAGUUAAGCUCUAAAUUUGUUCACUGACUUUAUGAUGAAGAUAUUCAAAUGGAUAUAUUCAUGUAAAAGCUUGUCCGAAAUAAAACAUUUGAAAGAUUUAAUUCUGUUUAAA